UAUACAUACACACACUGGCUCUCUCCAUAUUGGCACAGAAGCAGCUCCAUGAUGGUGAGGUUUACAAAUAAGGUAUUUUUUUCUUUUUUUUAAAUUUAGUUUUCUCCUUUUAUUCAGUUAGAUUCUGUUAGCAGCUAAAUCAUUAAAUAAAAGCUGGACAGUGGUCCAGAGGGACUGUGAGGUCAUCAAAGGUGGACAGUGGUCCAGAGGAUGCCUCAGUCUGGGGUGCAAGUCAGGCUAUUUCCUUGGGUCCUGUCCUAUGCCCUUUGGCCUUGUGGCACUAGGCAUUUAUUUAUUCAAUGGAUGCGUUCCAAUAUGCGGACUCCCAUCCUCUGCCUGUGCUUGUGGCAUUGCGUUCCAUUGACGUCCUGCCUCCACAGAGAAAACAACAAUGUUUUCCGGGCUGUUAGCCUAGCCAUAACGACUUAUGGGGGACUAUUCUUUAUUCAACAUCCCAACUGCAAAUGAGAAAAUUACAUUAGAAUUGCGCUUUUGACGUUAGGGUAUUAGAAAGAACCCAAUAUCUUGCAAAAGCACAAUUCAAAUGGCAUUCUUUCAUUUUGAAUUGGAAUGUUCAAUGAGUGAAAGCCCCCUGAAAGUGCCCUCCACUGGUUGACAGCGGGGAAACCGUUAUUGUUUUCUCCGUGGUCGUGUGUGUGGUGGCUGCUGCGACAUUGUUAAGUGUACUGCACACUGUUCCCUGUCAAAAUAAACAUGAAACGUUUUACAGGUUUCUGCUGCACUGGAUGUCAGGUGUGAAUUCUGAAUUUGUUGGAUGUGCAGCCAUUCAAAUGUCGUCAGUGUUACAAAGCUUAAACUUGUUAAAAAAUAAAGACUUGAUCAUAAAAAACAUCAGAAUUAAGUGUUGAGUUAAUCUUGUUCAAAAUGAGGACUUUUGCAUGACCACCCAGCCGCCUGCUUAGCUUCAUAUUCGUCAGCAGGGGGCAGCUUGUUUCUCAACAACCGGGACUGACGUCAUCACACUGCGCCUCUAGCUCUCAAAACAUUUCAGCCAAGUCGUCUGCACGUGUGGAGUUGUCAUGUGUCUACCAAAUCUUUAGAAACACUUAUUUAAGUAGUUGUUCUUCAUCGAUUAGCAGAAGCAUGGCUACGGAAUGGAGCGGUGGGCACUCUGCGUCUAUUCUCUGCAUCCAAGCAGCGGGUGGCGAGGACGGUCUGCUGGCGUCUGGCGCGGAGGGGGGCGAGGUGACACUAUGGAGCCAAGACGGCAUCGUCAUCGGCCAGCUGCGACUCCGCGACCAGGAGGACGUUACCUCCGCGGUGUUCUCCAAGGCCGCACCCGGGCUGUUAUACGUGUCUCACGGGGAAACGGUGACCGUGUUGGACCCUCGGCGUCUGAAGGAACCGGUGUCGGAGUUCAGUGGCGUGGGAGAGGAGGAGAUUAACGGACUGUCGCUCAACGACGCGGGCACGUUGCUGGCGGCUGGCGACGACUCCGGCGCGGUGAGGGUUGUGGAGCUCCAGAGUGGAAAGGUGUCGCGAACGCUGCGGAGACACACCAACAUCUGCUCUUCCGUCGCCUUCCGACCGCAGAGGCCGAACAGCCUGGUGUCUGCUGGUCUGGACAUGCAGGUGCUGUUAUGGAACCUGCAGAAGACUCGGCCAGUGUGGGCGGUGAGUCUGCAAGAGGAGGCGGCCCCCAACCCGUCUGAGGGGCGGAGCCAGCUGGUGAACCCCGCCCUGGUGCACCACGUGGGCGUGUCGUCGUGCGGCGACGUGCUGGCGUGCGCGUGCGAGGACGGCCGCGUGUGCGUGCUGCGCGUGGGCGCGGGCUCCCGCCUGGCCCACCGGGCGGCGCUAGAGGCCCACAGCCACGGCGCCUCGCAGGCCCACUUCCUCCCCUUCCCCUUCCUCCCCCACCACCCCUACUGCCUGCUCUCCGCCGGACACGACUGCACCGUGGCCCUCUGGGACCUCAGUGCCCACGCUCAGGAGCGCCGCACGCAGGAGCGGAGUGGGAAUGCACACGGCGGCGGUGGAGGAAGCAGCACCAGGGUCACCAGAGGGAAAAGAGGAAGAGGAAGAGGAAGAGGAGGCAGCAGAGCUCAGCAAACUACAACAACACACCCGCCAAACUCUCCACACACAACUGACCCAACACACACCCACACAGCCCCACCUGCUGGAGUGGAGGGAGAGUCACUGGACAGUGUGGAGGGGAACGGCGAGAGUGUGUGUGAGGGAGACGGUGUGUGUGAUGGCAAGAGCGUGUGUGACGGAGAGAGUGUGUGUGAGGCCUCGGCAGCGAAGUCGUCGGGCCCGGUACUGCGUUUCUCACACUCCGACAAGCUGAACUGGGCAUGCCCGGCUCUGCUGCAGGGUAAAGCCAGCGUGCUAGUGGCCGACCAGAGCUGCAACCUGUCUGUAUACACCUUACCCCCACUAUAGGGAGGGUGUGUGUGUGUGUUUGUUUGUGUGUGUGUGUGUGUGUGUGUGUGUGUGUACCCCUUACCUACACUGGUGUUUGUGUGUUGACUCCUGGCGUGUGUGUGUGUGUGUGUGUGUGUGUGUGUGUGUGUGUGUGUGUGUGUGUGUGUGUGUGUGUGUGUGUGUGUGUGUGUGUGUGUGUGUGUGUGUGUGUGUGUGUGUAUUGUGAUCUGAUCUGGGGCCUCAAGUACAAAGCUUGCACAAACGUGCACAAAAAAAGCUCCGUAAGUAACUUUCCACAAACAUUUUCAGAUGUACUAAUACUGACUCUGCAUAAAAAGUGGCAUGUAUGCUAAAUUACAUGUGAAAUCAGACGAACCACAUGAGUCCGCAUGAAAACCUUGUUUAUGCAUGGACUGAUACAUUUGAGAUUUUCAGGUGCAAAUUCAUUUGUUCUUUUUUCAGAUUUUCACUUGUGCAAAUCUACUGCAGUCUUUUAUACAUGAGGCCCCUGAUCUGAUGUGUGGUGCCAUUCUCUCCAGCGUUAAUGUAAUAAUUUCCUCCCUCUGACAGAGGUGUGUGUGUGCGUGUGCGUGCACGUGCGUGCACCUCUGCUUUCUCUGUGUUUUGUGGGUUCUGCUUUACUGCAAUAAAGCUCUACUUCUGUCAGAAACAGAAACCUGGCUGUGUGGCUGGCUUUGAUGACGACUUUUUUGAAUUGUUGCUACUACAGAGGGGAAUAUCAUUAUUAUGUGUGUACACGUGAUGAAUUAUAAUGACCUGUCUGUGUGGCCGCAGGGGUUGUGAGGACAAUGUGGCCGGUGAUGACGACAACGACACUGGUUAUGUGUGAAUAUGGCUACUAAUAGAGUGGAAAAUAACCUCCAGCGCACUGGUCCAUUUGCAAAUAAACUUUGCAAAUGAG